AUGGCAGGUCAACAAAUUAAUGAAACUUGUAAAGCUCAAGCUUGCGCUAUUCAAGAUUGUUUACAAUCAAAUGGUUAUAAUGAAAGUAAAUGUACUAAACAAAUAGAUAAAUUAUAUAAAUGUUGUAAACAGUUUUAUGAAGAAAAUGGUAAAGAUGCGAAAAGUGUAUGUUGUCCAAAAUUCAAUUUAUUACAACUUAAAUUACAACAAAGAGAGUUGGGUCCAAUUGAUGCACAAUUGAUAGAGAGAAAUAGAUGA